GGCAGGGCUCAGUGCUGCAGCUCCAGGGCCAUGGCUGGAGCCCAGGGGGAGUAGCCACUGCUGAGAGCCACAUCCAUGGAUGGGCCACGAGCGGGGCAGGAUGCCAUGAGGAACUGCACUGACCAGCAGUACUGGGACACCCUCGUUUCGCAGUGCAUCCCCUGCAGCCUGGCCUGCGGGCAGUCCCUGGCCAGGAAGUGUGAUGCUGUGUGUGAGUCCAUGGACUGCAACAACAGACCUGGGUUUUACUACGAUGAUCUGGUGAAGAGCUGCAUCAGGUGCAGCUCGGUGUGCGGGCAGCACCCCCGGGAAUGCGCCCCGUCCUGCGAGCGUGAGUUGGCUGCUCCCAGACCCUUUCCCAGCGCAGGGCACAGCGCUGCCACGCCCGCGGCCGUGCUGGAGCCGGAGCCGUGCGCGGAGCAGGAGCCGUGGCUGGCGCUGUGGCUGCUGCUCGGGCUGUGCCUCGCCAGCCUGGGCUGCUCCCUGCUCCUGGGCUGGAGCCACCUGCGCAGGAGGGGAGAGCCGGGACACUGCCAGCCCAGCGCCGCCCCCUGCCACUGCCGGGAGGACCCCGCCAAAGAUGGACUGGUGGAAGCCGCCAGCGUUGCUGAGGGAUUCACCAGCAUCAGAAUCCCAGAGCCAGUGGAAACCUGUGGCUUCUGCUUCCCUGGACAUGGCUCUGCUGUCCAAGAGACCAAACCGUGCCCCAGCAGCUCCGGCCACCCUGGGGACAGGGCUGCUCCCUCCUUCUCCGGGAUCUGCAGCACGGGCAGCGCUGGGGCCCUGCCCAGCCCUGAGGAUGGCCACUUCAAAAUCAUCUGCUCUCCUGCCCAGGAGAAAACGCCCAUGGUGUGAGCACAGAGGGGUUCCAGCACGGGAUCACAGUGGGAGGAUGCUCUCUGUGCCCCCAAACCAAAGCUGCUUCACCCUCUGUUGCCUGGCACAGCCUCUGCCCAGCCCAGGCUGCAGGACACAGACAGGGCUGGAGGCUGCACAGAGCUGUUUGCUUCCACUCAGGAAAACAAAUUCCCAUUUUUCUUGUGCACUCCCAGUGAAAGAAGUCACUUCCCAUGUGGCAGCAUCUGACUUCAUCCUCCAGCUUGACCUGGGUGCAUCCCAGCCCUUGGAGACAUCUCAUGGGGGCUUUUCAUCCUGGUUCCACACCAGCAUCCCUGCAAAGGAUCCCUGCUCUCCUCUCCUCUCCCUGCCUGCAGAUUCCUUCAUCAAUCAGAACAAUGUUCAGCACAGCUGUAAACCUCUGAAAUGUGGAAUUGGGUCCAAGGAUUUACUGGUGAAAUUGAUAAGGAGCCAGUGUGGGAAGCUCCAGUGCCAGUUCCCAGCACUGCCAUGGGUGAUGGUGAGGCUUUGCCUCAGGACCAGGACAUGAUGCUGCACAUGAGGAGCUGGGACAGGCACCAAAACCUUCAAUGGAACUGGGUUUAAAUAUGAAAAUUCAUCCAAGGCUGAGAACUUUCUACAAAACUGGAUUUAUGUAUAUCUGACCUGGGUUAUUCUGAAGAGCUGGUAAAAGUGAGGAAUCAGCUGGAGAUAAAGCUGCUUUGAGAGAAUAUUUUUUUUUUAUCUAACCUGGCUUUGAAAGCUAUCACAGAAAAAUAGGGGUUUCAACGUGUAAUUUGAAGUUCUCAUUUCCACUAAAGGAGACUGUAAGAUUUAUUUUUUUUUUUUUUUGCAAAGAAUCACUCCUGGUAGGAGCUCAUCCCUUCCACUGUCUUAAA